AUGAAGACCUUCACCAUCGCUACCAUCGUUGCUCUUGCCUCUGUUGGCGCUGCUCAGCUUGACAACAUCCCGUCUUGCGCUCUCAACUGCUUCGUCGGUCCCCUCACCAGCGACGGCUGCUCCUCCCUCACCGACUUCGCAUGCCACUGCAAGAAGGGCGCUGAGCUCCUCUCCCAGGUCCAGCCCUGUGUUGAGGGUGCUUGCGAGGCCGCUGACCAGGCCGCCGCCAUCUCCGCUGUUGAGUCCACCUGCGCUGCCGCCGGUGUUCCCAUCAGCAUUCCCGAUGCCAGCGCUCCCGCUGCCAGCUCUGCUGUAGCCUCCGCUACAUCUGCUGCUGCCUCUGCUGCCUCUUCGGUCGCAUCAUCCGUCGCCUCUGAGGCUUCUUCCGUCCUCUCUGCGGCCUCCUCAGCCGUCGCAUCUGCCGCUUCCUCUGCGUCUGCCUCUCUGUCCGAGUCCGCCUCUGUGACCCCCACUCCUUCCGCCAGCGGCAACAUGACCGCUACUCCCUCUGCCUCCAUGUCCGAGUUCACCGGUGGUGCUGCUCAGGCUACCCAGGCUGUCGGUAUCCUCGGUGCCGCCGCCCUUGCCAUGCUCGCUUUGUAG